AAAAAAAUAAAAUUUGACAUUUCUUACGAAAAAAUCUCGAACAUUUACCCAAAUAACAAUAAAUAUUUGGCUUAAAAACUGGAAUUGGUGGCAAUUUCCAUAAAAUCAUUCUAGAACUAUAGAAUGUUUACUUUAACUUUGUUACUGUCAAUCUUUAUUGGAUUAAGCACAAGUGUUGUUGAAAAUUCAGAGCGCCACAAUUUGACAUGCGUUGAAUUAUGCGAAUUAGCUGAAGUUGCCGCGUCACAACCUAGGAUCGAAAUAAAAAAGUUCAUUCUAAAUGAAAAUAAUCGAUCUAAAGAAUUUCCAUCGUUUUUGAACUCUCCAGAUAUUGUGGGAUAUGACCAUAGGAAUUCUGAACGAUGGGAUCAAUAUUUUGGAAAAUCCUCAAUAAUUUAUGGCUUAUCACAAAUAGCCAAUGAAGCAAUUGUAAACGAAAAAUGCUUUAAAGACUUGAAAACAAUCGAAAAUGGUAUUUUGCGAAGAGAUCCAUGGGCUAUGAAAGUUCUAGAUUCUUCAGGAGGUAAAGAGUCUGGCUUUAUAUGGGGUCAAAACUAUUGGCUGGGAAGUAAACAAGGUUGUGCUGCCGUAAAAGCUCCAGUCCGUAUCACUCUAUCAAAUCAAUUCGAAAGGACCAUGAAAGAAGGAUUAAUCAAUCAGAUGGCUCCAUUUGCAAUGGACUAUCGGGUAGUUUACAUGAAACACAAUUCACCCUGGCAAGUGGAGAUCAAGUUCAUGCCAGAAAGAAUUAUUCAUAUUGGACUUUGUCUUCCAUCAGCAUGUUCAUUAUCAGAAAUUCAAAACAUGACUCAGAGUUUAAUGGAUAGUAAAAACUUAGAGGAAAAUCAGAUUCUAGAUCUACAUGCUGAAGUUAUGUACGUAAAAGACCUUAAACUAAAAGAUAGUUUCUUCGAGUUGAAAAGUAUAAAAAUUAUAACUGGUUGUGUGAUUUUUACUUUCAUCUUGACUCUUGUUGCAAGCUUUUUAAGUGAUACAGAGUUAGUCAAUGAAAAUGGAUUCUUAUCAAAAAUAUUGUCAUUUAUCAAAUGUUUUGAUCUCAUGAACAAUAUUCGAAAACUAUUUGCCGUUCAUGAAUCAUCACCAGAUUCGAUUCCAGUCAUAAAUGGCUUGAGAUCGGUUUCUUGUUUUUGGAUAAUGCUAUUCCAUGUAGUUUGGUAUAUGUAUUUUACUGUGAGUAAUAAGACGUUUUUGGUAUCAUAUGCGGAGAAGGCAUUCUUUCAGUAUGUCAGUACAGCACCACUUUUGGUUGAUUUGUUCUUUACAAUAAGCGGUUUUCUGCAGACGCAUAACUUUAUUAAAAACGAGAAGAAAUUGGAUGUGAUUCGUCAAAGUACGUUUGGACAAAAUUUAAAAGCAUUUGGAAAAUUGGUGCUUCAUAGAUAUUUGAGACUAGCACCACUCUAUUUGGUACUCACUGGAAUAGUAUCAAUAUUCACAUCCUACAUUGAAGAUGUUUCGGUCUUCCACAUCAGCGAUCGUUACGACCAAGUCUGCGCCAACUACUGGUGGCGAAAUGUUCUCUUCAUUCAAAACUUCUUCGAUCACAAUGAACUCUGUCUCAACUGGUCCUGGUCAUUGGCUUGUGAGAUGCAGUUCUUUUGCCUUCUAACCGGAUUGCUUUUUGUUUAUGCCAAACAUCCAACAUUUGUUAAAAAUUUAAUGGCAUCUGCAGUAAUUGCUGUCAUCGGAUGGACUUACAUUGUAGGUCUAAGAUCCCAUUAUCAGCUUUCCUUCGAUGUGGCACUUCACACUGGCACCGAAAUCUACAUAAACCCUUUCAUUCGAAUAAUGCCCUAUCUACUGGGUUCGAUAGCUGGCUGGUAUUUAGUUCAGAGCAAGGGAGAAUUUGAAAUUGGCACUACCACAGAGAAAUGCAUAUGGAAUAUGGCAAUUGUCGCAUUCUUCGCUUGUAUAUAUUCAACUAUCAAAAGGGACAUGUCGUUCCUAUCAACAAUUACAUUGCUUGUCAUAGGACGAUUGACAUUCUCGAUAGCAGUGUGUUGGAUGAUAAUUGGAAGUGCAACAGGUCGUGGAAUUUGGUGGUCAAGGAUAUUGGAGUCAAAGUUUUUUCAACACAUCAAUCGACUUUCGUAUGCCAUAUAUCUUCUGAAUCCUUUUGUUAUAGCAUUUGUUUUCAGUUUAUCGAAUACAAGUUCACAUGCUGAUCCAUUGCAAUUGAGCGUUCUAACCAGCGGAUUUGUCGUCAUUGUUUAUUUGAUGUCCAUAAUAUUUUCGCUAGCCUUUGAAAUACCGUACUGCAAUUUUUCAAGUCUGCUGCUGAAAAGAAAACUGAAGACCGCUUAAAUGAAUAAGACUUAUUUUUAAGUUUGCUGUAUAAAAUUUAUAUUUAUUUUUUAAAAACUUUUCUAACGCUUGCUUUCCUAAUCUUAAAAUGUGUAAAGUAUGAAUGUGAUGUAAAUGUGUGUUUAUUUGUAGUGUGUGUAUGUUUGGUUGGGAAAAUAAUAUUAUUGUGAUUUUUUUUUGUAAUAAGAUUUGUAUAUGAAUGUUUUUUAAUUUGUAAAGUUUAAAAUGUAUAAAAAUAAAAACAUAAUUUUUA